CAGUUGCCUGGCAACCCCCGCUGGAGGAGUACCUGCGUAAAAAGGUCCGGGAGAAGUGUCAGAGGCCGGGGGUGGGACCCCUGCAUCAGCUUUUUUCCUGCUGGAGGCUGUCCCCGCGGCUGAGCGGGCUGGGGCGGGGGAAAUGUUGCAGGAGGAGUCGGACCUGUCCCUCACUAUUGCCCAGAUCGUCCAGAAGCUCAAGGGCUCCAAUUUGUAUGCUCAGCUCGAGCGGCAGGCCUGGGCCUGUCUUCAGAGACCUGAGAUUAGACUUGAAUCACUAAAAGAAGAUAUUAAGGAAUUCUUUAAAAUAUCAGGUUGGGAGAAGAAACUUCAGAAUGCUGUUUAUAGUGAACUGAAUGUGUAUCCUUUACCUAAUCAUCCUGCUGUACCUCCUGAGCAUCUUAAGGAGCCUUUGGUGUACAUGAGGAAAGCACAGGGGAGUUGGGAAAAAAGAAUUUUGAAGAGUUUAAAUAGUAUGUGUACGGAACUGAGUAUCCCUUUGGCGCGAAAGAGACCAGUUGGUGAACAGAAAGAACUUCUCAAUAAAUGGAAUGAAAUGGGAACUGAUGAACCAGAUUUAAGUCUUUUUCGACCUGUUUAUGCACCUAAGGACUUUCUUGAGGUAUUAAUUAAUCUUCGCAACCCAAAUUAUGAAAAUGGUGAUUCUCUUAGUUUUAGGACUCAUUUGGGCUUAAUCCAAGUUCCUCUGAAAGUAAAAGACAUCCCUGAAUUGAAAGAAUGCUUUGUAGAACUUGGCUUAAAUACGGGACAACUGGGUAUAGAUGAUUCUACGCAAGUGCCUCCUGAACUUUUUGAAAAUGAACAUGUGCGUAUUGGACAAAAAGUUCUGGCACAGCAAGAUAGUGCUGCUGCACAGCAGUAUAUCAGACAAGGAAGCCCCACAGCACUGAGAGCUGAGCUAUGGGCGCUCAUCUUGAAUAUCUCCAGUCAACCCGAGGAUAUCCUGUAUUAUGAGCAGCUUAAGACCAAUGUGAUACAGCAUGACCUUUUGGUGGACAGCCUGAUUUAUAAAGAUGUGAAGUUGACAGCAAGCAAUGAUGAUUACUAUUUUGUAUUUGAAGAUUAUUUGUAUCAGGUAUUACUUUGUUUUUCCCGUGAUACAUCUGUACUGGGUCACUUCGCAUACAAUAGUGCUUCACCACCGAAAUCAUACAUAAGAGGAAAACUAGGGUUGGAAGAAUAUGCUGUAUUCUAUCCACCAAAUGGUGUAAUCCCUUUCCAUGGAUUUUCCAUGUAUGUUGCACCACUGUGUUUUCUCUAUCAUGAACCUUACAAAUUGUAUCAGAUAUUCCGUGAGAUGUACGUGCGCUUUUUCUUCAGACUCCAUUCCAUUUCUUCUCAUCCUUCUGGUAUUGUAUCACUCUGCUUGCUGUUUGAAAGUCUGCUUCAAACAUAUCUCCCCCAACUCUUCUAUCAUCUACGAGAAAUUGGAGCUCAACCACUGCGUAUAUCAUUUAAGUGGAUGGUUCGAGCUUUUUCUGGAUACUUAGCUACAGAUCAACUCUUGCUUUUGUGGGAUAGAAUCCUAGGAUACAACUCUCUGGAAAUUCUUGCUGUGCUGGCAGCUGCCGUGUUUGCUUUCCGAGCAGUGAACCUGAUGGAGGUGACAUCACUGGCUGCAGCUGAAGCAGUUCUUGCUGAUCUUUCUACUUUAAAAGUUAUGCCUCUUCUUCAGAUUUUUCUGUUUGCCACUGUCACCUGAUCUUCUUUGAGGUCACUGACAACACAUCUAGUUUUCCAUUAGAAACUAAUCAUGAACUAUGCAAGCUCUGCAUAAAACCAAAAUUAAACUGCAUAAAAGCCAAUAAAGAUCAUGUUCCCCUCAGUUAAAGCUAAGUAGUUCCUCACUUUUUGAAACAAUAACUCUACACACCAAAUAUUGCACUUGCAUGCUGAUAAGAUUUCAGAGAAGCAAUAGACAUGACUUGUGCUUAACUGAGCAUUAUAUAUAUAUAUACAUAUAUAUGUGUGUAUAUAUAUAUACAUAUAUAGUCCUAACUUAUAAAAGGCAUGUAAUUGUAUAUAUGCAAUAAGAACUAAAGACACUGUAGCAAAUUUCAAGAGGUGACAUAUCUUCUUGUCAGUUUACAUCAGUCUGUAAAUUUACCCCUAGAUAAUGUACUGUUUUUGCUUUAUAAAUUACUCUUCAUUCAGAGCCAGUGGUGGGAUGAGACAUGAAAAACCUUGAAAAACCUAGUGCGUUUGAAUGGGAUUUAAAUGCACAUUGAGAUCUUUAGCAACUUUUCAUUCACAAGGGAUUAGGGAUUGUCUAGAUCUCGUUCCAUUUUAUUUCUCCAUUAAACAUCUCUAUUGGAAAAAGACAAGUACAGAUAUUUCCAAAUGAUAAUUUGUGUUGUAGUUGACAGUCUUAUAUAGCCAAAUGUGCCUCAAACUGGCUGUAUGGCUGAGAAUGCCUGAAUUCUGCAUCUUCCUGCCUCCACCUCCCCAGUGCUGGUAUUUCUGGUGUACCCCACCAUGCCUGGCUCCAUCUGGCACUAUGUUAUUUGUCACUCUGAAAAUCAGUCAGAAAGGUAUAGAGGGAUCUUUUUGUAUUUCUCAGCCUUCCAUUUUUUAUACUAUGAGGCUCCACACUAGAGUCUGUUUCUUUGGAAGAAUGUAAGGAGAGGAAAAGUCAACCACAUCCACUUGGUCUCACAAGACUGACUUCUGGGGUCCAAUGGCAGAGAGUGCUGCAAGUUGUUAAUUCAUUCUAGAACUAGGGCCAUCAUUCAGGGUAUCAGGUCUUACUUUGGUCUUUAUUAUGAGUAAAGGGUUUUGUAUUACUUUCUGAAUAUAUACCAUUUAAGUAUGUGAAAUAAUAGUAUGUGAAAAAAAAACAUUGUCUUUUUAUUUUAGAUUAAAAUUUAAGAUGAUUAUCACUUCAAUAAAACUCAAAUAAAUCAAUAGACUGAUACUUUCC